AUGGUUCUACACCGGAAUUUGGAUCCGAACUUGGAUCCGAACAUAGACCCGGACAUGGACCGAGACGGGGACCUUGAUGGCCGGGUCUCGACCGGCGCGGAGCCGGAUCGGAGUGUUGAGGAUAUACCGGAAACACAGGAGAUCGACUUUGUCACCUUGGGCAUGUUUAUCAUCGAUGAGAUCGAGUUCCUCCCCCCUAAACCCCCCGUCUACGAUAUUCUCGGCGGCGCCGGCUCCUACUCAGCCCUUGGCGCCCGUCUCUUCUCCCCACCCCCGGUGUCCAAGACGGUCGGCUGGAUAGUCGACCAGGGCUCCGACUUCCCGCCCGCCAUCGCCUCCGAGAUCGCCAGCUGGCAGACCUCAGCCCUCUCCCGCCACGACCCCUCCCGCCUCACCACCCGCGCCUGGAACGGCUACACCGAAGCCUCGGAGCACCGCGCCUUCCGGUACACCACGCCCAAGCUGCGGCUGACCGCCACGGACCUGACCCCACCCCUCCUCCAAGCAAAAGCAAUCCACCUGAUCUGCAGCCCGCAGCGGUGCCAGGAGCUAGUCUCUACCAUCCUCUCGCGGCGCAAGGCGGCGUACCUCGCCUCCCCGCCGGCGCACGACCCACACGGCGAAGCGUACGCGCGGCCGCUGGUGGUGUGGGAACCCGUGCCGGACCGGUGCGUGCCGGGGGAGCUGCUGGCGUGCACCAACACGCUGCCGCUGGUGGACGUGUGCUCGCCCAACCACGCCGAGCUGGCGGGCUUCAUGGGCGGCGACGGCCUCGACCCGGCCACGGGCGCCGUCAGCCCCGCCGCCGUCGAGCGCGCCUGCGAGCAGCUCCUCGCCAGCAUGCCCCUCCAGAGCUACACCCUCGUCGUCCGCGCCGGGGUCUGCGGCUGCUUCGUCGCCCGCAAUGGGGGACGGAAGAAGAAGGUUGUUACGGGUGGUGAUGGUGCCGCCGGCUUGGGUGGGGUGGGGGCGAAGAAGCCGAAGAAGAAGGAGUAUAUCCGCGGUGGGCUGCGGCCGGACACGGAUAUGGAGGCGCUGUUUGCGGGGCUGAUGCAGGAUGCUGAGGGGUGUGUUGCGCGGGAGGAGAUCGAGAUCGAUCCUGGGGUUGAGAAGUGGGUGCCUGCUUAUUAUGGGGAGGGGUAUGACAAGGAGGAUGCCGGGGAGAAAGUGGUUGAUCCGACGGGGGGCGGGAAUACCUUCCUGGGCGGCCUGUCCGUGGCCCUGGCGAGGGGCAAGUCGAUCGAGGAGGCGUGCGCAUGGGGCCAUGUCGCGGCUAGCUUUGCCAUCGAGCAGGUUGGGUUUCCUGUGCUGAGCGUGGAUGAGGAGGGGCGGGAGACGUGGAACGGGGUGAGGGUGGAGGAUAGGCUGGAGGAGUUUCAGGGACGGCUUUGA